GUUGCAUAAUGACUAGUGACAUGACUUCAUUGGAUAUUCCUAGAUAAGGGUGGCGGAUCGAAUCCGACGCCACCCCAGGGACGCACCACUAACUUAGCUUUUGCAGUAGCUAGGGAAAUGAGGUCUUAUUUGGUCAUACCAAGACUUCAACUCCUCCGCAGGCUAAGCUUUGUGAAACUUAAUCGUAGAUGAUAUAUGUAGAGUAGGCUUUCUCUUCAAUUUCAUCAGGACUCCGAACCUUCCAAGUCCCACAUGCCACACGUAUUCGGCUUGUUUCUAUAGCCUCCGCCCGUCCUCAUUCUAGAAACCAGAAGAAUUCGCCAAGAUGUCUCCACAUUCUACCAAAGGAGCAUCAGGAAUGGAAGAUGCUGCUAGGGGCGAUUCGGCUAGACCCAUGCCUCCCAAGUUCGACGACCCACUCGAUGAACGGCAAUAUCUCAAGGAACGACUUGCAUUGGCAUUUCGUAUCUUCGCCAAGCUGGGAUAUGACGAAGGCGUCGCUGGCCAUAUCACUGUCCGCGAUCCUGUAGAGCCUACCACUUUCUGGGUCAACCCCUUCGGCGUAGCCUGGCCGCUCCUCAGGGCAUCCGACCUAAUCCGCGUUGAUAACUCGGGUGAGAUUAUAGACGGCGGUGUUGUCCGUAUUCUCAAUACCGCAGCCUACAUGAUCCACCAUGCCAUACACACAGCCCGCCCCGAAAUAAACUGCGUAGCACACUCGCACAGCAUCCACGGGCGCGCCUUCUCAACGCUCGGCCGCAACCUGGAUAUCAUCACGCAAGACAGCUGCGCCUUCUACAAUGACAUUGCCCACUACGACACCUUCGGUGGCGUCGUGCUGGGACCGGAGGAAGGCGUCAAUAUCGCCAAGGCGCUGGGACAGAAAAAGGCGGCCAUCCUGGCUAGCCAUGGACUGAUGACGUGUGGGAAGUCGGUGGAGAGCUGUGUGUUCUGGUUCAUGAGCCUCGAGAAGUGCUGUAGGGCCCAGUUAAUGGCGGAUGCGGCCGCGGCGGGUAGAGGGGGAACGACGGUCAAGAUAAGUAAGAAGGAAGCUGAGUUCACGUAUGAGACCGUAGGGACCGAGUAUGCGGGAUGGUUCUCGGCUAAGCCUGCUUUUGAUAUGAUGGCGCAUGAGGGGGUUGACUAUAAGAUGUGAGGGGACUUUGCGCUCUGGUGCUAGUUCAGGGACUUUGUAUGUUUGUCGAAUGGCUAGAUGUGGCAGAUUGGCAUAAUGUAGAGGCGCCGCUCGCAGGUAGACAGCUUGUAAGUUAGGAAUCGCUAAUGUGCGCUCGAGUAUCUCGUGGAAACAUCUCUGCGACAGACUCUGUUUGCUUUCGAUCGCGAGAAAAGAAAAAGGGAGAGAGACAGAAAAGAACAGCGGAGGAAAGCAGCUAAACACCAUGGAUCAAUAGCCAUUGGGUAGCGGAAAAAUGGUUUCCUGGCAUAUAAUGUAGGCGGUUACAAUACCUGCAACAUCUGACCCGGUGUCGGAUUUCAAGCAUUGGGGGGGAGGGGC